AUGGGGUGUGGCGAUUCGCGAGUUCGGGCAUCGGCACAACCCCAGCACCAAUCCCAUCCGCAGUCGGUUGAUGUACAGGACUGUGGCCCUAAUAAACUUUUAGUUGAACGAGAUAAAGAACAAGAACAUGAGGAAUCUUCCCCCGUUGGGCUCGAACCGCCCUGUGUGCAGCAGCCAAUCGCCGCUGACAGUGCAAAUAGCAAUCCGGGGCCGCACCGCGAAGAGGAGGCGAAAGAAGCAAAUGCCGUUUCACCACCUGAAGCUCCCGUUCAUUUUAACCGGGACUCGGAGGUCCCGACGGAACUGGUGACGACGGUGCCGUCGGGGGUUGCGCCCGGUGGCGGGGGGCGGGAAGUUCCGGAACGAGUAAAUGGGCCUGAGAUUGUCGAUAGAAAGGGGGGACAUGACACAGAGGUGCGUUCGAAGGAGCCGAAGAUCAACGGAACUGCGGUGGCGUUGGGGCCCAGGGACAAGGAAAAGGAUGUGGAUGCCGGUGAUUGUGAAGCUGAGGGGGGAAUGUCCACGAACGCUGAAACCCCUGCCCUGACAGAGGAUACUCCUGCUACAUCGAACUGCGGUGAGCGUAACGGCUCUUCCACUGUGCCAUUGGAGCGGUUAAGGCUGCCUGUACGGAAGAAGCAACCGAGUCGCUGCCUCGUCCAUGUACUUGAGGGUGAUACCGUCUCCGUAAGUGUAUCGAGCACCAGCACCGGCUACGUGUCUUUCACUAGUUUGAUCUCUGCUUAUGGUUCCAGUGGUCAUAUCCGGAAAAAGUCUACACUGCGCCCGGGGGAUUUAUCGCUCGUUACAUUGUCACCCCUCUCUUCCGCGGCUAACACCCCUCGUAGUUCUGGUGAGGGUUUAAAGGCUGCGGCAGGGGCUGAAGAGUUGAGCGGGCAGGCAAUGCGUGGUUUGAAUAGCAGCCGCAUUUGGCGCUUCAGGAGGCUCAAAAUAAUGCCAUGUGGAGAUACAUCUCUUUUGUUGAAGGGACGGCGCCGCCGGCGUAAGGGCUCGCGAGCGACAUGUGGCACUCAAUCCACACACAAUAGGAGUGGUGUUUUAACCCCAACGCAGGCAUCAUUUUCAGCAUUAGGUGCGGUAGCGAAUUGUGGGCGCCGUGGAAUCAACGCUGUCGACCCGCGGAACCAUGUGGUUCACAUUAGUCGCUAA